AUGUGGCCCGGGCACCGGCCGUGGGGCUCCACUGCUGCAUCGAGCAGGCACGGUGCCCUGCGGGCUCUGCGCGGAGGGACCCCUGAGCUGGGGCUGGAGCAAGCCUGCGGACCUGGACCCUGCUGUGCCACCCAGCCCUUUGCGAGCUCCGGAGGCUGCGUGGGGCCGGAUGGGACCCAGGAGCCCGAGGACAUCGGGGCGCGGGAGGACGGGGACCCUAUCAAAUCCAACCGGGACAGAGACACCAAGAUCUUCUACAGCAUCACGGGGCAGGGGGCGGACGCCCCCCCCGAGGGCGUCUUCACCAUCGAGAAGGAGUCGGGCUGGAUGAAGGUGACGCAGCCGCUGGACCGGGAGCAGAUCGACAAAUACCACCUCUUCUCCCACGCCGUGUCCGAGAACGGCAAACCGGUGGAGGAGCCGAUGGAGAUCAUAAUCACGGUGACGGACCAGAACGACAACAAGCCCCAGUUCACGCAGGAGGUCUUCAGGGGCUCCGUGCUGGAGGGAGCUUUGCCGGGCACCUCCGUGAUGCAGGUGACUGCCAUGGACGCGGAUGACGCAGUGGAGACCUACAACGGCGUCAUCGCCUACUCGAUCCUCAGCCAGGAGCCGCAGGAGCCCCAUCCCCACAUGUUCACCGUCAACAGGGCCACCGGCACCCUCAGCGUCAUCGCCAGCGGCCUCGACCGGGAGCGCGUGCGGGAGUACACGCUGACCGUGCAGGCAGCCGACCUGGACGGCGAGGGGCUGACCACGACGGCACUGGCGGUGAUCGAGAUCGCGGACGUCAACGACAACGCCCCCGAGUUUGACCUCAAAACGUACGAGGUGGCCGUGCCGGAGAACGAGGCCGGGCGGGAGGUGGCCCGACUGGCCACCACCGACCUGGAUGAGCCGAGCACGCCGGCGUGGCGAGCUGUCUACUCCAUCCUGCGCGGCAACGAGGGAAGCGCCUUCGCCAUCACCACCGACCCCGCCAGCAACGAGGGCGUCCUCCGCACCGCCAAGGGUCUGGACUACGAGGCCAAGAAGCAGUUCGUCCUUCACGUGGCCGUGGCCAACGAGGCCCCCUUCGCCGUGAAGCUGCCGACGGCCACCGCCACGGUGACGGUCAACGUGGAGGAUGUCAACGAGGCGCCCGUCUUUGACCCGCCGGUGCAGCUUGCCCAGGUGCCGGAGGACGUGCCGCCGGGGCAGACCCUCGCCUCCUGCACGGCCCAGGACCCCGACAAGGCCCAGGGGCAGAGGAUCAAGUACCUGGUGGGGCACGACCCGGCAGGCUGGCUGGCCGUGCACCCCGAGAACGGCCUCGUGAUGGCGCGGGACCACCUGGACCGCGAGUCUCCCUUCGCCAAGAACAGCACCUACGCUGCUGUGCUGCUGGCCGUGGAUGACGGCUUGCCGCCCGCCACGGGCACCGGCACCCUGCUCCUCACCCUGCUCGAUGUGAACGACCACGGCCCCGAGGCUGAGCCCCGGGACGUCACUGUCUGCAACCGCAGUCCCCAGCCGCAGGUCCUCACUGUCACCGACAGGGACCUGCCCCCUAACACCGGCCCCUUCCGCGCCGAGCUCAGCCACGGCUCGGGGGACAGCUGGGCUGUGGAGGUCGGCGAUGAAGGUGACACGGUCACCCUGCGGCUGGUGGCACCGCUGGAACCAGACCUCUACAGCGUCUACCUGCGGCUCCUCGACCAGCCGGGCAAAGCCCAGCUCACCGUCGUCACCGCGCGGGUCUGCGACUGCGAGGGGCCGGUGCAGAGCUGUCCCCAGAGACCCCAGCCUGCCACCGGCCUGCCCUUCGUCCUCGCCGCCCUGGGCGCCCUCCUGGCCUUGCUGCUCAUCCUGCUGCUGCUGCUGCUCUUCGUGAGGAGGAGGAAGGUGAUGAAGGAGCCGCUGCUGCUGCCCGAGGAUGACACGCGCGACAACGUCUUUUACUACGGGGAGGAGGGCGGCGGGGAGGAGGACCAGGAUUACGACCUGAGCCAGCUGCACCGGGGCCUGGACGCCCGCCCGGAGGUGAUCCGCAACGACGUGGCCCCGCCGCUGAUGGCCGCCCCCCAGUAUCGGCCCCCGCCCCGCAACCCCCGCCAGCCCCGGCGCAACCGCCGACCCGCCACCGCGCUCGGCUCGGGAACCCAGUGCCGGAGAAGCGGGGUGGCCCCAGCUCUGCGCCUCCGCUGGAGUGGGGCGAGGUGA